AGAAACAGAAACAUGGCAACAAUCUCUGCCCGCGUUGGUGGUGGUUCGCCCUCGCUGCUCUCUCUCGCUCUUGCCAGUCGCUCCAUCUCGUUUCUGAGGGUUUCCUGGCCGCAUGGCUCGUCGUCGGCUCGCAGAUUGAAUUUUCAUUGCGAGCCGCUAGCGUCGUCUGCUGCUGCCGCUGCUGGUGUCUGUCUCGUCUCGUCUCGUCUCGACCGACUCUCUCCCUGCAACACCGUCUGCACCCCCCCCCCUGCAGUACGCGAAUCGUAUCGAAUCGAAUCCAAUCGAACGGCGGACCGUGCCCAAAGCUCGAGAGUGGAGCCAAGACCCUCAGUCAGUGUGGAGCGACGCGUCUUCUUCAGUAGUGCACCGCCGCCGGCCGACGGCAGAGCAGAGCCAUCCAAACACCACACAAAAGAAAACUAAACAGAAAACUAAACGAAAACAAACAAAAACACACACUGCAAAAAAAAGAACAGACUGUACAUUUUUUUUAAGCACGAAAACGAAAAAUAUUGAAAACUCUCAACAAAGAGUCCUUUAGUGAUCGAUCCAAAGCGCGAGUGUGUCCCCCCCCCCCGCCCCCCACACACACAAACACACACACACACACACGAGCCCCAAGUAAUUUUUGUGUAAAGAAAAAGUGUAGAUCCCACCCAAUGGCCCAUGAGUUUUGAUCGUUCUGAGAGCCAUAAUGGUACUGGAGCAACGACAGAAUCAAUCUUCACCCACAGCCACCCACACCGCAGCGGACACUAAAAAGUUCUCCAUCAUCAACAACAACAACAACAACAACAACAACAACAAUAACAAUAACAACAGCAACCACAGCAAUAGCAACAGCAACAGCAACAGCAACAACAUCAAUCACAAUAAUAAUAGCAGCAGCCAGGAGGAGGAGGACGAGCCGGAAGUAGUGGCACCAUCGUCCCGCCAAAGGACAACAUCCAAUCCGUAUCCACACCCGUAUCCCAAUCAGAAUCCCCACACGGGACAUCAUCAUCUGCCAUCAGCCACGUCGACGCAACAGCAACAGCAACAGCAACAGCAACUGCAGCAGCAACGGUUGAGCGGCAGCAGUCCGCCCACAACUCAUUCCCACACCCACAACCACUCCCACUCUCAGUCCCAUCCCAGGCCCAGUGUCAGUAUGCCAUCGGAGGGACUGCAUCCGACGGCCGCCCUCCAGCUGUAUGCCGCUGCCGCCCAACUAGCGCCCGGCGGCGUUCGAGUGCCGCCCUGGGGACCCUUCCUGCAGUUCGGAGUGCCCGGCGUCUUUGGGCCAAAUGGACCGUUCCUUGGACGACCGCGCUUCGAUGCGGCCGGCGGUGGACAUCCCACAACAGCGGCAGCUGCCGCCGCGGCCACACAAAUGGCGGCGGUAAAUGCCAGCAAUGCCUUCGCCAAUCUCACCGGACUGAGUGCCGCGGCGCUAAGGAAUGUGAGUGCCGCCCAGACGACGGCAGUGGCCGCUGUGGCCAGCACUGUGGCGACCAUCCAGCAUCGCUUGAUGAUCGGCAAUCGACAGAGUCUGCCGCCCGCGGGGCCGCCGAGCGAGGGAUCCAACGAGGAUGGCGGUUUUCCUGGCGACGGCGAUGAUGAUAGCAGCGCCGCAAAGCGUCGUCGAUCCCGCACAAAUUUCAAUUCGUGGCAGCUGGAGGAACUGGAGCGGGCCUUCUCCGCCAGCCACUAUCCGGAUAUAUUUAUGCGCGAGGCAUUGGCCAUGCGGCUGGACCUCAAGGAGUCGCGAGUUGCGGUAUGGUUCCAGAAUCGACGGGCCAAGGUGCGUAAGCGCGAGCAUACCAAAAAGGGCCCCGGCCGACCAGCCCACAAUGCCCAGCCGCAGACAUGCAGCGGCGAGCCGAUACCGCCCAACGAGCUCAAGGCCAAGGAGCGUGCCAGGCGCCGCAAGAAGCUGGCCAAAGCCAUCGACAGGCAGGCGAGGAAGCUGCAGGCCAAGGGCAUCACCGUCGACCUGGAGGCCCUCAAGGCCGAGUACAUAUCACAGCACAAGGCGAACGGCACCUUCUCGGACUCGGAUCUCGAGGACGAUGGCAUCCAGAUCGAUGUCGUCGGCGGCACCGACAGCGACGACGAGCUGGACAGCGAUGCCGUCAGCCCGGCCCGCCACGGGCCGCAGCAUGGCGGCCAGAGCCACUGCGGCCUGGACGGCGACGGUGACAGCUCGCGGGCGGGCAGCUUCAUUGGCGGCGGCGGCAGCUUGGGCAGCCCCAGCUCCGUGGCUCCCUCCACGCUGCUCUCGAACGGCGGCGGUGUCUUUGGCAAGAUGGAGCCGAUGGAUGGCGGCGAGUCAGAGGAUCGGGACAGGGAACAGGAGUCGCGAGCAUCACCCAAAUCGCUGCUCUUUCCCGCCAAGGCCUUCCAUCAACUCAACCUGCAAAACUCCCAGCACCACGGUGGCCACGGGCACGGGCACGGCCAUGGGCAUGGGCAUGGGCAUGGGCACAACCACAGUGCGGCGGCCACCGCCGCCUCGGCCACGGCGGCUGCGGUGGCAGCGGCGGCCAAUCUCGUCCACCAGACCUCGCCCAUUAGCAUGCGGCGCAGCAAUCCCUUCAGCAUCGAGUCGUUGCUAUUCAACAACACGUGAGGCAACCAGGCAGCAUCCGAGCAGGAGGUGCAGCUGAUGCUGGAGUUGGGUUUGGGUUUGGGUUUGGGUUUGGCGUUCGAUCGAACCGCAUUUGCUUCUCCAUUGAUUUAUGCGUUCCUAGAGGUUUUUGCUCAGUUUUACACUUGUCCAUCUGUCUAUAAGUUCAGCCCUCUCUCUCUCUCUCUCUCCUUUAUGGGUUCCACUAGCACUUCCAUAACAAAUAUUCUGUACAAAAAACCAGACAAAUUCCCUACCAAAAGUUUUCCUAAUUAAAAAGAAAUUUUUGUAUUGGCAACAAAUAUCAGAAUCACUCGUUGCCCAUGCCCUACGUUUGUGUCUAUUCGCUUAUGGCACACUUAAACAGCGCAUCGAACCUUUCCCUGGUGGAACCCAGCUAAAAGUUUCCCUUUCCCUCUUCCUCUUGACUUCUCUUCGGUUCAGAGCUUGAAUAUUUCUAAGUGAAUCUAUUUAUUGGACUUUAUAAUAUAAAUAUUUUUUUUCUUUUUGCGUGUAUUGUAAUUUAAAACCCCCCUGUUCCAAGAGAGACUAAAUUAGUGUUGUAAAUGAAUUUAUUAUUUUUACAUUAAUUAUAAAACUUAUUCUAAUAAUUUUUUUUUUUUUUUUUUGAAGCAAUGCUUGAACUAUGAAUAAUAUUUUUAUGUAAUAAAAAGAAAACGAUAACAGCUAAGGACAAAUUUUUUUUCCCAGUGUAGGUAUGAAUGAGUGUGUGUGCGUGUGUGUAAAAAUGUAAUUUAAUUUAGCUCAAACAAAACAAAAACAAAAACAAAACCCAAAACACAAAGAAUCGGAUUGAAACCCAAAACUUAAUUAAGAGGAAGUUUUUUUUUUUUUUUUCAUAAAUAUAUAAAGACGAUGCUAAGGAGGAGAAAUAGUACAUUAAAAGAUAUAUUUAAACAAAACUAUGAGAAUAUGAGAAAAAACACACACACAAAACUACGAAUAGAAAUGCAAGACGAAAGGAGAAAAAUGCAAGAACAAGAAAAACAUUAAACUGUAUCGAAUAAAAUGAUUGUCAAACAAGAAUAAAAGAAAUGAAAAAUCUGUAAAGAGAAAGCCCACAUAAAACGAAACAUUAUGCUUAUUAUUUUUUGGUUUAUUUCGUGUCGAGCUUAUCCACAAAAUAAUACGAUACUUCCCCAAAGUCCCCACCCACACAUUCACGCAGAAAUGUACCCACAAAAGACAAAAGAGACAACAAACAAACAGACGGCAAAGAAACGAACGAGAAACGAAAGCUAAAAACCCGAAAUGGGGCAAACAAAUUCAAUAAACAGCAAU